AAAAGUGCAGGUAAUUAAUUAAAUAAUGAUGGAGAUGGAGAUGGAGAUGGAGAUGGAGAAAUACUCCACUGACAACCUCGUCCAAAGUGUGAAGGAGGAUUUAUUCUCUGCAUCUGCUGAUGUCUACUCCUAUAUGUCGUCUUGUGCCUAUGAUACUGCAUGGCUGGCGAUGAUCCCUGACCCUCGCCAACCUCACCGCCCCAUGUUCCCGGGCUGCUUGGACUGGAUACUCGCCAAUCAGAAUGGGGAUGCUGGCUUCUGGGUGGACCAGGACCACCUCAACCUUCAUCAUCAGUCCGUGCAUCUCAAUCUCCCCUCACUGGAUUCUCUCACCGCUACUCUUGCUUGCAUGCUUGCCCUCAAAAAAUGGGGUGUUGGAUCUCAUAACAUUCAUAAAGGGUUGAGGUUUCUGGAGGCAAACAUGGAUAGAUUACUGAUCAUGCAGCAGCUACAUGGUCCCCCUCCAGAGUGGUUCUCCAUUGUUUUCCCUGCCAUGCUGGAGUUAGCUCAAUCUCAGGGUUUGGAGGUGUAUCCUCAUUCCCCAGCUUCUUUGGAGGCAUUGAAAAAUGUCUUCAACCAACGAGAGACCAUCCUGCAGGGCAUCAAAAGAUCCAGUAUUCCAGGUCCUGGGCCUCAUCCUUUACUGGCAAUGUACCUUGAGGCCUUACCGGCAGGCUAUAAGAAUUUACCCGAAGAAUGUAUCCUGGGUCAUCAGAGUGAGGAUGGAUCAUUGUUUCAGUCUCCUUCAGCCACUGCUUAUGCUUUCAUGGCAACUGGAAACGACAAGUGCAUGUGCUACUUGGAAGCACUGGUUCAAAGAUGUGGCCAUGGAGUUCCCUCCGUGUACCCUGUGGAUGAGGACAUGAUCCGGUUGUGCAUGGUGGACCAUUUGUCUAGGCUAGGAUGCGCAGAGCAUUUUGCAGCUGAAAUUGGAAGCGUUAUGGAACGCGCUUACAGCAAUUGGGUUGCACAACAAGGACGAGUCCCAGGCAUGAACAAUGUGGCACACCGGAUGUAUGAAGAUUCCAUGGUAUUCCGGCUUCUGAGGAUGCAUGGAUAUCGCGCCUCUCCAAGCAGAUUUUGCUGGUUUAUUUAUGAUGAUCAGAUGCUAUCAAACAUAGAAGAAAACCGUGGUUUCUUUAAGGGGGCCAUGUAUAGUGUUUAUAAAGCAGCACAUCUAACAUUUUCCGGAGAAGAUGAGCUAGACAAGGCCGGAACUUUCUCUAGAAAAAUAUUGGAGAAGGGACUGCUGUGCUGCGAUCCAGAAGACGGGGCUGAGUACUUUAAUGAUCUUCAAAUCGAGAUUUUGCAUGAGCUGAAACUUCCUUGGCUAGCUCGAAUGGAUCAUAUUGAGCACAGGAAAUAUAUCGAAAGAAGUCAAAGAGGAUAUGGUUUAUGGAUUGGGAAGACCUCCUCAAUUAGGUUGUCCUGCUUCAGCCACAAAAUCAUUCGUCAUUUGGCACAGAGGAACUUCACUGCCCGUCAAACUAUUUAUAAUGCUGAGCUUGAAGAAAUGAAAAGGUGGUCCAAGGACGUGGGCUUUGCCAACAUCGGGUUUGGCCGUGAGAAUACAGCCUACUGUUAUUAUGCAACUGCUGUUGGAUCAUGCCUUCCUCUGUUAACCGAUUUGAGGAAGAUAAUCUCAAAAUGUUCAGUUUUAGUCACUGUUGCAGAUGAUUUCUUUGACGAAAAAGGUUCAGCGGAUGAAUUACGCGACCUAACCAAAGCAGUUCAAAGAUGGGAAGGGGAAGGCUUGUCUGGCCACAGCAAAGUGAUCUUUGAUGUUCUUGAUGGUCUUGUGAAUGAUCUUGUUUUGGGAUCCUCCUGCCAACAAGGACCUAAUUAUAUGAAGAAAAUUCUUCAAGGCAUUUGGAGUGAAACAUUCGAGUCAUGGUUGAAGGAAGCUGAAUGGAGCCGGAAGAGACAUGCUCCCCCUAUUAAUGAAUACCUCAGAGUUGGUGCGGUCUCCAUUGCCAUACAAGCAAUGAUCCUUCCCGCAUGUUUUGUUAUUGGCCCUGUGCUCCCAUGGAACUCUGCACGCUAUCGCAAGUCCAUUCAACUCCUAAUGGUUACCACUCGCUUGCUGAAUGACAUACAAAGUUACCAGAAAGAAUUAGAAACUGGGAAACUCAACAUGGUUAUGUUGUACAUGAGAGAGAACCCAAAAGCAGACAUCAAAGAUUCAGUUGCGUACAUAACGGAGAUUUUGGAUGAAAAGAAAAAAGAGCUGCUGGAAUUAACUUUGAUGAAUGAUGGCAACGAUCCGCCUAAAGAAUGGAAAAAGAUUUUUCUCGCUACUUUGAAGGCAUUCCAAAUGUUCUUUAACUCUAGUAAUGCAUUUGACUCUCCUACUGCUUUACUUGAGGAUAUGAGCUUCGCCUUUUAUGAUCCCCUUGUGCUACAUGACGCACCAGAGACAAGCAGGGUUCUCUCAGAGUCUCUAAAGUUUCCUUCAGAACUGAAGAAUAGUAAAACCAGAAACCCUAGAAAAUCCACGUUGAUGAAAUUUCAAAAAGAUGUAAUCGGACAUGGACUCAUACCAUCACCUUCUGAAAAUAAAAAAUCAUCCAAGCAAUUUUCGAUAAGCGGAAGAGUGCAUUACCCACGACGUUCAUCCUCAUAUAUGGUUACCUCGGUGAUGCCACGUCAUGCUGCAGGAAUUGUGUUCAGUAUGUAGGUCCUGCGUUUCCCACGACCUUCAUGCAUUCCCUUCAUGCAUUCCCAUGUGAUUAUUAUGCUGAUAUAUAUAUAUAUAU